AAAAUUCAGGAUACCACAAAGGUUUGUUUCUCUGUAUCAUGGUGCUCUGUCUCAAAACCAACCUCUCAAAAAUGUAAACAUAAGUUAAACUCUUGCACCUUCCAAGAAGCUUCCUUCCUUCACCCAUUUAAGCCCCACACACUCAAACUUCACCCUUUCCCUUUCAAAAAACCCAAACAACAUCUUCAAAAGGUUAAAAAAAAAAACACAACAAAAUACAAACAACAUCGUUAAAAUUCGAGUAAAAAAAACCCUCUUGUCUCUGUCGAAAAUCCUAAUGGGUGGUACCAUUUCUACUCCUCAGACCCACAAAUUUCCAUUACAAACAAUGGAAACUAGUGAUUCUCCUCUUCGACCAUCGAAACUUCUACUUAAUGUCACUAUUGAGAAUACUUUGGGCGCAAUACAAGUGCUUAUGUCUCCUGAAAAUACUGUUGGUGAUUUAGUCAAAGUAGCAUUGAUAACUUAUGAUAAGGAGAAGAGAAGACCAUUAUUGAAAGAAACUGAUCCAAAUCGUUAUGAACUUCACUAUUCACCUUACACUCUCCAAAGUUUGAAGGCAAGUGAGAAAUUGAAGAAUUUGGGGUCAAGGAAUUUUUUUCUAUGCUCAAGCUCAAAUUAAGCCUCCUAUCUUUUCUUUCUAGGCAGCAUGCAUGUGUGGCAAUUGAUUCUGCAUAUCUCAAUAUUGUUGGCCUCAUGCCAUAGUUAAAGAUAAAGAUUAUAAGGUUGUGGCUGUUUGUGAUAAUGAGCAAGCAACACUACAUGUUCGCUGUUUCAAUGUAUGAUGAUUCAACAUUUUUGAGUGACAAAAACUCAUGUAUCAUAUGAAAGGGUAACGUGAAAUGAAAAAAGGAAGUGAAAAUAA